AUGGGUGGUGAUGGUGACGGUGAUGAGGGAAAGAGGUUUUUCGUGGCGGUUCACGUAGGUGCCGGUUACCACUCUCCUUCAAACGAAAAAGCGCUUAGGUCGGCCAUGAACCGCGCUUGUCUUGCUGCUGCUUCUGUUCUAUCCAAGGGUUCGGGACAGUGCUUAGAUGCUGUUGUAGCUGCCAUUCAAGUCUUGGAGGAUGAUCCAAGCACAAAUGCAGGGAGAGGGUCUAACUUGACGGAGGAUGGUAAUGUAGAAUGUGAUGCCAGUAUAAUGGAUGGAAAAUCUGGAGCUUUUGGGGCUGUUGGAGCAGUGCCAGGUGUACGAAAUGCUAUACAAAUUGCUGCUUUAUUGGCCAAAGAACAGAUGAUGGGAUCUCCGUUGUUGGGUCGAAUUCCUCCAAUCUUCUUGGUGGGUGAAGGGGCUCGCAAAUGGGCUACAUCUAAGGGCGUUGCAUUGCCACCAAGUAUAGAAGAGGCCAAUGAGUGGCUGGUGACAGAAAAGGCAAAAGCCCAAUGGACAAAGUACAAAUCUAUGGUUGAAGCUGCAAGAUCUAAGACACAGAACUCUCCUGAGGGUGAUUCUUCUGUCUGUCAAAGUACUGCAAUGCCAGAUUAUGCUAUGGAAGAUCGCGUACUGGACACAGUUGGGGUUAUUUGUGUAGAUACUGAGGGGCAUGUAGCAUCAGGGGCCUCCAGUGGUGGUAUUGCUCUGAAGAUUAGUGGACGAGUUGGGUUAGCAGCAAUGUUUGGUUCAGGUUGUUGGGCAUCAUCAAAAGGUCCCUUUGGGGCUCCAUUCAUGGCUGGCUGUUGUGUCUCUGGUGCAGGAGAGCACCUAAUGAAAGGAUUUGCAGCUAGGGAGUGCUUUGUUUCAUUGUCACUCUCACAGUCUGGUGCUGCCUCUGCCUGCACAAAAAUCUUACGCUCUGUUGCUGAGAAUAGCAGUCAAUGUGGUACUGAUAGCAGUGCGGGGAUCUUGGUUGUGCAGUCGGAUGCAUCUAUAACAGAUCAAGGAAAAUCAUCAAGGCUGAAAGGUGUAGAGAUUGCAGCUGCUUACUCUUCCUUGUCUUUUGGAGUAGGGUAUUUUGGAAGCUCUAUGGAACGGCCCAAGGUUUCAAUUCUUAGGAGUACAAAACAACAAAGUAGGACUGCAAUAGAUCAAUUUGGAGCACGAAUAGAUCUUUCAAAUGGAUAAUUGUUUUGGUAGCUGAUCAAAUUUCAUCAGUGCUGAAGAGUUGAAAUUCAUGACACCUGCAGCUAAAUUACAUGAUUAAAACUGCUUGAUUUUCCCACAAAUUUUUUAUUCUCCUUUAUUGCGCCGUGUAUUGAAGGACUGAAAUUAUGUAACUAUACUGGUGCAAAGCAAGUACAUAUCCAAUUAAGAAUCAGCUUAUCUAA